CCUUUUCCCCACCCCCUCCCUCUCUCGCGACGCCUAUUUCACCACCCCUCCCUCUCACGCAGUCUUCUCCUUGAGUGGGGUUGGUGAAAUCAAAUAUAGUGGAUUUGGUGAAAUGCAGGCUGGGGAAAUUGAAUCUAGGGUUGGGGAAAAAGAUUUUGUCAGUUGGAAUUUAUGGGUUUAUUUGGUGAAAUAUGACAAUUUCUUUUCAAACUUGAUAACUUCUGAACUUAGAGAUGGAAGUAUGACCUAUAAUAUAUCCUAGACGUUAUAUCUAAUUUCCGUUCUUUGUCAUCCAAGGUCAUUUUUUUCCCCUUUCUGUUCUUUUUCAUUCAAUUCAUCAGUACUUCCUCACUCUUAAGGUUACUUUUAUGUUAAAAGUAAAAGUUGUGUUUUUCAUAGGAAGCAGAAUAGACGUACAUAGAGAUUUCUAUGGUGAGAUCUUAUUCUUUUACAUUAAACUCUUGAACUCAUCGACAUAUAUGCACUAACAGACACCCAAUUCAUUGUUUAUUGUAUACUGAAACAGGUUAUAUUUCAUUUACGCUCAUAUGAUAGUUAGGUUAAUGGAGUAGAUUUAAUCAGAGUUGUCAUUCUAUUGUUUUGUUCUCAACUUACAAAGUUAUUGAGAUAGGUGUUUGUAUUCGAGUCAAACAAAAUGAAUCCAUUAAUGCUAGAUCCACCUCAUUUGCGAAUCAAAAGGUUUCAAGCAACAGGGGAGAUUGGGUUUCUUCAUUCUAAAAUAUAUAAUGUGCUAUUUUCCUGUUUUAUUUGAGUACAAAAGAAGGGGAAAAAAGGUUCACUCAUUUCCCUCCUUAAUCUUUUUCACUAGAGUUCUAGACACAAUUUUCUUCAAUCCGAACACACUGCUCAUGGGUUUGGAUUAUGCAUUUGCAUUUAUAAUGAUUUUGUUAUACAUGUAGAAUCACUUUAGUCACCUUGGAGAAAGAAGAGGGAAGGGACCAGGGUAGGGCGCUUUGUAAGUUAAAAAAAGGGGGUCAAUUUCAUCUAUUCUGUUCAUGCUCUUGGUUUGUUUUCACUUUUAAAAGGGAUGUUUUAUCCAUCAUACUAGUGCUGAUUCUUCAAAAAGACACAUGCACGUACACUGAUACACAUAAUACCCAGAGAACAUAACAAUAGGCCUAUGAAUGUGCAACUUGUUUACUUUUAGAUAAAAACUAUAUCUAUAUACGGCUGUUCAUGAAUGGAAGCCUAUUUUAUGUUUGGGUGUUGAAGUCUCUUCAACACUUCUUAACUCUUAUCACUACUAUUCAUUACUUUAUUAUUAUUUUUUACCUACUUUUAUUACUAUUCCUUACUUUUUACCUACUUUUUAUUACUAUUCAUUACUUUAUUAUUACUUUUCACCUACUUUUCAUUACUAUUCACAACUCUCUUUAACACUUCUUAACACCUAAAUCGGAGUUAAUAUACCUAUAAAAAAAAAGAGACUUCAAGUUAAUAUCAUUGAGGGAAGAGAAGAAGAUAUGUUGUAUAUAUGCUGAAAAUCUUGGUUCACCUUUGAUUGUAAAAGUUUUGUGAUACACUUCUUAUUCCCUGUACGGGAAAUAAUACAGUUAGAGGCAAGGAGGCUUCUUUCAACUCAACAAGGCAGUCUUUAGUGUUGGUUAUUUCAGAUGAAAGUGAUAAAUUUUAUAAAGAUCCUCAGCAAGCACCCAUCUGUAAAAUAUAAUGGUGAGAUAUGUAAAAUAAAAAUAAAUAAAUAAAAAGAAAAAGAAAUGUCUAUAGGUUCAUGACCUUUAGAUGAUUAAAAAAAAUUGCCCAUUUCAGUUAAUUAAAUUCAUGAACCCUAAAAUAAUUUAUAGAUUUUUUUAGAUAAAACAAAAAUAAAAGACUAAACAAACAAAAUUUUUUUCACCUUUUAUAAAGUUUCACAACAUAAAGCCCCACAAAUCUUGAAAACGAAACAGCGAGGCCCACAAAUCUUCAGAAACCAGGACUGUAGAGAGAGAGAGGGAGAGGAAAGGAGGGUUCAGAUGGAUAGACGAGAGAGUGAUGCGGGUGUGUUUGGGUGUUAGUGUCCUCAAUACUUCUCAUUAUUAUUUAUUAUUACUUUUUACUUAUUUUUAUUAUUAUUUCUUAUUUUUUAUCUGAUUUUUAUAACUAUUAAUACUUUAUUAUUUCUUUUCACUAUUAUUUACAACUCUUUUCGAUACUUUUCAACCCCAAACCCAACCGACCGACUCCAGUGCCACUCUUUGUUUAUAUAAACGUAUACCAUCGCAAAUGGUUCACUUCACGCAUGCGGAUCAGAAACCCAUACGCCCACAAUCCCAUUCAUUUCUUUGUUUUUAAUUAAGUUUUUGCUUCAAUCGAUAACAUGCCGGAUCAGAUCAAUGCUAUAGUUCUCUACCCCUCUCCAGGCUGGGGUCACCUAAUCGCCAUGGUAGAGCUUGGGAAGCUCAUACUCCAACACCACCCUUCUUUUUCCAUCACUGUCAUCGUCUUCCACACACAAAACAUGGCUACCCCUACUUUCUUCGCUGAUCAAUACGUGACUGCCAUCAACGCCACCUGCCCCUCCAUCACCUUCCUCCACCUCCCACCCGUCUCCGACACCCCCCCACCUUCCACUACUUCUUCUUCUUCCCCCUUAGAGAUCAUGGUCUUCUUACUCCCACUCCUCAACAACACUAAUCUUCACCAAGCCCUCCGAACCAUCUCCCAGACCUCCAACGUCAAAGCCUUUAUCAUUGAUUUCUUCUGCGAUGCUGCUUUCCAAGUGGCAGCAAACCUUUGCAUCCCCACCUACUAUUUUAUUACAUCUAGCGCACUCGCUUUAGUCUUGGCUCUAUGCAACCCCACCCACCAUAAAAGUAUGGAUAAAAGCUCGGAAGGUCUCGACCACAUGCUCGCUGAUAUUACAGGUUUACCUUUAAUCCCAGCUUCAGACUUGCCGAGAAUUGUUACAGAUCGUGGUUCUCAAGCGUAUCAGUUUUUCUUAAACUGCGGAAUCAACAUGGCCAGAGCAAAUGGACUCAUCGUAAACUCAUUCGAACAGCUCGAAAGAAAAGCUAUCAAGGCCAUAUCUGAUGGACUGUGUGUGGCAGAUGGACCGACUCCGCCAGUAUUCGGCAUUGGUCCUUUGAUAUCAUUAAGCAACAAUCAAGGAACUGAUAAUGAACAGCAUGAUCAGUGUAUGAAUUGGCUAAACUCGCAACCGAGUCAGAGCGUUGUGUUUCUGUGCUAUGGAAGCAUGGGAUUGUUUUCGGCAGAACAGUUGAAAGAAAUAGCAGCAGGAUUAGAAAACAGUGGCCAAAGGUUCUUGUGGGUGGUGAGAAAUCCACCACCAGAUAACGACAAAGAACCAAAGUUGGAUGAAUUAUUACCGAAAGGUUUCUUGGAAAGGACCAAUGAUAGGGGUUUCGUGAUGAAACAAUGGGCUCCGCAGGUGGAGGUUCUGAGUCACGAUUCAGUGGGCGGGUUCGUGACACACUGCGGGUGGAACUCACUGCUUGAAGCGGUGUGCGGCGGGGUGCCGAUGAUUGGGUGGCCUCUAUUUGCGGAGCAAAGGAUGAACAGGGUGAUAAUGGUGAAGGAAUUGAAGGUGGCGUUGGCGGUGAACGAGUCGGAAAACGGGUGGGUGAGUGGGGAGGAGUUGGAGAAGCGGGUGAGGGAAUUAAUGGACUCGGAUGAAGGGAAGGAGGUGAGAAAGAGGGUGUCGGCCAUGAGAGAUGCUGCCGCCAAAGCCAUGAGAAAGGGUGGUUCCUCUCGUAAUGACUUUGAGAAGUUGGUUGGGCUGUGGCUUUCGUAAGACUGACCAGUGGUCGUAAUAAAAAGUCCAUGUAUGCAUGAGGAAGCUUACAAUUAUACAUACAUAUAAUUAAUAUACAUAUGUACUGUUUGGUUUUCCAUAAAUUAAUUAUUUGAUUUUCAUUAGUAUA